CGCCGCAAUGGCUCGUCGCCACUCGUGGCGAGUGUCAAACUCAACGGCGCCAACAACGAGUUACGUGCGUGCCAUUGAAAUUUCGCCAGGGUGGAUCGAAGCCAAGAAGAUGGUGACACCGCGAAAACUGUCGCUCUUCGUCGUUCUCGUGCCGCUCACCAUGUGCAAGUACCGUUACCACGCGCUAGAAAUCAGAGCGACGACAGACUUUGCGCCGUCCAAAUCGCCGUUAGCGUCCACGUUGACGAUCGGCAGAAUGCCCAGGGCUACCGUGAACGACAUUGUCUCGAGAAACAUCACCAUGGUCCUCGAGAAUCUGCUGAUGAAUUACGAAAACAGCCAACUACCCACGCACGGUAAAGGCGUACCCACGGUGGUGAAAACCAAUAUUUUAAUUAGAAGUAUGGGCCCGGUAUCUGAGCUCGAUAUGGAUUACUCGAUGGACUGUUACUUCCGACAAUCGUGGCGCGACUCGCGCUUGAGCUUCCUGGGCCCGAUCAAGUCGCUCAGUCUCAGCAUCAAAAUGCUCGAGAGGAUCUGGCGUCCCGAUACUUACUUCUACAACGGCAAGCACAGUUACGUGCACACGAUCACCGUGCCGAACAAAUUGUUAAGGAUCUCUCAGGACGGCGAUAUACUGUAUUCCAUGAGACUCACCAUCAAGGCCAAGUGUCCCAUGGAACUGAGGAACUUCCCCAUGGAUCGACAAUCUUGCCCGUUGAUAAUGGGGAGCUAUGCGUACACAUCGGGACAAUUGGUUUAUGAAUGGCAAGAAGGCUCGUCAGUAAACUUCGUGUCCGGGAUGGCGUUGUCGCAGUUUGACUUGAUGGGCUCGCCGUACAGAAAUCUCACCUUCGUGCGCCGCGAAGGCGAGUUCUCGGUGCUGCAGGUGUCAUUUAAUCUGCAACGGCACACCGGCUACUUCCUCAUACAAGUUUACGUGCCGUGUGUCCUCAUAGUAGUGCUGAGUUGGGUAUCCUUUUGGAUUCAUCGUGAGGCGACGAGCGACCGUGUGGGUCUGGGUAUCACCACCGUCUUGACGCUUUCGACGAUAAGCCUCGAUUCCAGAACGGAUUUGCCGAAAGUCAGAUACGCCACCGCCCUGGAUUGGUUCCUCCUCAUGAGCUUCGGCUACUGUAUCGCCACCCUACUGGAGUUCGCCGGUGUCCACUAUUUCACGAAGGUCGGCAGCGGCGAGAUUCCGUUGGAAGACGAGGAGUGGGAAGAAUGGGAAGGUAUCGGCAGUGAAGAAUUUGAGGAUACGUUACGCACGAUGAUCUCUUGUAGUCCACAGGCCGUCCACCCGGAGAUCUUAGACACGAGCGCUAGAAGACGCGGCUCUCUCAUGUGCGCGAUGUACAGCGAUGGAGUCACAUAUGAACGUGAUUCCUGCCGCUCCAUAACGGUCGCUGUUUCUUCAAAACCGUCGACGAUGGAACGGCAAACGCAGACCGAGCUUAUUUUGCCGUUGUGGAGACAAUUUCUAUAUUGCUUAGCGGGUGAUGAUGCGUUCAGACGACGUCGACAACGCGAAGCAGCUAGUAGUUAUCGAAAAUAUGGCGAUCGCCUGUCAAGACACAUAAACAGUGUAUCUUACAUCGAUAGGGUAGCACGCAUAGUUUUCCCUGCGUCUUUCGGCCUCCUCAACGUCUGCUACUGGGUGAUCUAUGUCACAUACCAAGAAGAAUUUAAGUGGCAGGACCCGCCGUUCGGAUCAAUUUCUCAUUAACAAAUUUUCCAUUGUGAUAAUAAAGUGGAUUAUGUAAUAUGAAUAACAGGAGAAAUUAAGAAGCACAUCGGUGUAUUAAUUGUUUAUUUCAAAUCGAUUUAUGUAAAAUUUUGUUCGGAAUUGAUUCUUUUUAUUUAUUUAUCUUUUUUUUACUGCGACAGCAUACAUUAGUCAGUUCUGUUCUGAAAUUUUUUUCUUUUGCGCGGUGGCACCCGUUAAGUUAUUAAAAAUAAAAGUAUAAAUAAGAAAGAAAUUUAAGUUCUUUCUUAUUUCUGCGAAAUCAAAUUCUUUUAUGGCAGCAAAUCAAAGUGUCAACGAGUUCGAUUAGUUUAAGUUUCUAA